AUGAUUGUAGCUUAUUCAUCACCUCAUCAGAUCAAAUAUUUCAUUUUAACUAAUUAUCCAAAUUGUGAAAAAGUAUUAGAAAAUAAUGGAAUUUUCGUGACAACAAAAGAUUUGAAUGUAGUUGGAACUAUAUCUUGUGUGGUAUAUCUUGUGUCGGGUUUGAUGGUGAGAUGAAUAAAUAUUUCGUGAAUUACAAAAAAAUAUUUCCAGAUAAUUGUGUCGAGUUUAUGUAUUGUUCGAUACGAAGUACGACAAACUGCCAAAAACAUGUUCAAUCAAAAAACAAUAAAAGAACGGGGUCAUGUAUUAAAUAUUCUGGUAGUCCAGGUUGUAAAAAAAAGUGCCAAUGUUUGUCACAAAAAAAACUUUUACAGAGUGUCAUAAUAGCUACAAUAUUGUUCAUAAGUGCAUUACUUAUAGUGAAAACUAACUAUUACGAUCCAGAAGAAGAUUCAAGUUGUAAGUUUAAAGUAGGUUGCUACUAAUAAUGUUAUUGUUUCAGUAAUCACUGCGAUAGCAUUUACUGGUUUAUGUGGAGCCUCAAUUCCUAAUCAAAUAUUCAUCAUAUCUCGGAAUUCCGCAUACCGUAGUUUUUUGUUCAAAUCCAAUCGAGUCAGACAAAAUUCCGUAUCAAAUGCUGCUUGA